AUGUCUGCUUCACAAAUCGGGAAGAAACAAUAUUUGGUUUACCUGGCACAAGUUCAUAUUAAUUUUAGAAGAGCAGAAUUAGAAUCAUUGGCUGAUAUAUGUGGGUUAAAUGAUUUAGAUUUCUCAAAUUAUAAAGAGGAUAGUCCAUUUUUCAUUGUAGAGUUAGAUAAUGAUACUCAAGCUAAAGAAUGGAUUAAACGUUCAAUCUUAUCAAGAGCCAUUUAUGAAUAUUGGGGUGAAGGUAAAGAUUUAACUGAAUUACAUCAAUCAAUAAAAUUUGGGACCAAUAUCGAACAUUAUAAAGAUUUGUAUAAAAAUGAUUCAUUCAAAUUUGAAUUUGAAUCGUAUAGAGGUUCAAACAAAAAAGUUAAUAGAAUAUCUCAGAUUGAGACGUUCUCUUAUUUGGCAUUUAAGGGGAAAAUUAACAUGAAAUCUCCAGACCAAGUUUAUACAUUAAUUGAAGUUUUUGAACCUGUUUCGGAUAAUGAACCAUCUACAACUCCAUCUCAUAUGUAUUUUGGUAGAAGAGUUCAAAUUAGUGACAGAUCUUCUGCUGAUGUUUUUGAUUUAAAGAAAAGACCUUAUAAAGGUACCACUUCAUUUGAAGCUGAACUAUCUCUAAUUAGUGCUAAUAUUGCUCAAGUAAAACCAGGCUCAAUAAUGUAUGAUCCAUUUGCAGGAACUGGCUCCUUUUUAUGUGCCGGUGGUCAUUAUGGUGCUUUAGUUAUCGGUUCUGAUAUCGAUGGUAGAAUGAUUAGAGGUAAAGGUGCUCAACAUGAUAUUUCGAGUAACUUUAAAUAUUAUGGUGAUACUGAUAAAUUCUUAGAUGUAAUGACAAUGGAUUUUACUCAUAAUUCAUUAAGAAAUUCCUUAGGUAUAGAUACAAUCUUAUGCGAUCCACCUUAUGGUAUUAGAGAAAGUAUCAAAGUUCUUGGUGCUAAAGAUCCUGAAAGAUUCGUGGGUAAAGAAAAUGUGGAGAUUGAUGGUCAAAAGGCGUAUUUACUUCGUGACUAUAUUCCAACAAAGAAACCAAUUUCUUUAGAUUUAUUAUUAGAUAGUUUAUUACAAUUUGCUUCAGAAAGAUUACCAAUAAAUGGCAGAUUAGCAUUUUGGAUGCCAACUGCAAAUGAUGAAAACAUUGAAACAUUAGUCCCUCUUCAUAAAAAUUUAGAACUCAAAUAUAAUUGUGUUCAAUCUUUUAAUAAAUGGUCAAGAAGACUAUUAGUUUAUAUCAAUAGAGGCAAGGACUAUAACGGACCAACAAAUUCAGGGUUACAAAGAUCUACAGCUGACUUUAGAGAACGUUAUUUUAAGAACUUUAAUUAG